UCUAUUCCAAAAAUUAAAAAAAAAAAAGACAAACACCAUUAAAAUAGAAACCCGGAAAGGAAGAAGCUUUCUCAUUUGAAGAACAAACUCAGUAAUCCAAACAAUUAAAAAUGCAGCAUCCCAGCGCCAAUCCCGAUCCAAAACCGAACCCAAAUCAAGAAACCCAAAUGUUCCCUUCCCACCAACAACAAAACCCCUUCUCAACCCGGACCUCCCACCACCGGCGGGCACACUCCGAGGUCCAUUUCAGACUGCCGGAAGAUCUGGAUCUUGUAUCCGACGACCCGUUUGAAGGUCCAUCCGGAAGUACAUUUGACGAGCUUGGGUCCGAAGAUGAUAUCUUCUGCACUUACAUGGACAUUGAGAAGCUUGGAUCCAGACCUGAAGAUGGGCUUAAUAAAUCCGACAAUGGCAAUGCCCACCUGUCAGUUGGCGGUGAAGGUGAGAAGAAUGGUCGGCCACGUCAUCGUUAUAGUAAUUCUGUUGAUGGGUCUUCUUCUUCUUCCAUGUUGGAGUCUAUUGAAGCUAAGAAAGCUAUGGCUCCUGAUAAACUUGCUGAAUUAUGGAGCCUUGAUCCUAAACGAGCUAAAAGGAUUAUGGCAAAUCGACAGUCUGCUGCUCGAUCAAAAGAAAGAAAAGCCCGCUAUAUAUCAGAACUUGAAAGAAAAGUGCAAACCCUUCAGACAGAAGCAACUACACUUUCUGCUCAACUCACAUUAUUCCAGAGAGAUACAACUGGACUCACUUCUGAGAAUACAGAGCUUAAGCUUCGGUUGCAAGCUAUGGAACAACAGGCUCAUUUACGCGAUGCUUUGAACGACGCACUAAAGAAGGAAGUAGAGAGGCUGAAGAUGGCAACGGGAGAAAUGAUGACAUCAACAGAUAGCUAUAAUUUCGGAAUGGACCAAAUGUCGUAUAAUCAAUCUACUUUGUUUGCACUCCAGUCACAACCGAGGCCAGUUAGCUCACACUUUCAUACUUUUCAUACGAACAUAUCAACCCCACAUCAGCCUAUAACUGCCCCAUCUCAUUCACAUGCUUUCUCCGAGAUGUCGCCACAUGACCCCCUUGGGCUUGGAAGAAUGCGAGGACUUGACAUCAGUAACAGAAGCACUGUACUAAUGAAAUCCGAAGGCCCCUCAAUUUCUGCCAGCGAAAGCAAUAACGUUUGAUGCAAACUUCACUACACUUUGUGCUGUCUUAUUUUUCUGCAAGUGUUUAUACACUGAUGGACUGACCAAUUUGAGUGACUAGGGUAGGGUAGUGCGAUUCUUUUCUCUUGAGUGAGAAUUUUGGUCUUAAAGAUUCUUCACUUACAAGUCAACACUGUAACUUUUUUGGGGGUGAUCAUGCUAGGCAGAAAUUUAAGUUUAUUCCUGGCAGAGAUUCUUCUUCCUAAAACUGUAUUUGUUACUGCUCCAAAAUUGACAUUGCAUAGACAAGAAAUGAUUUCUUUUUCUUUC